CGUGUGAUAUUGCUUAAUGGACGUACGUUAAUGGACGUACGUUCAUCAUAUUAUCUAGCUAAAUAAGGGAAGCCUAUAACUAAAAAGUAAAAGACGGUCCAAAUAUUUGAGUCAUCUAACAACACCAUGAAUGAAGAUGGAAUGGAUGACACAUAUCUAGGCAUGGAUCAUAUAUCAACCGCAGUAUUAAAAGCUGCUAAUAUAAGCACAGACAUGCUGCCCAGCCUCUCUAAGGAGGAUUUCUGUGAUCUUUCUCGGGCCAGAGCACUUCUUCAGAAGGAGAACCAUUUGGAGAUUUACUCAUGGUGAAAAUGAGGAAUCUGUGAAGAAGCAGCUUUUGAAAAGGAUUCAGAAUGUGACAACCCCCAAAAAGAAGUAGGGAGCGACUCCAAGAAAGAGGCCACGAAGCCUUAGAUUUCAGAGCAGCCAGGAGAUGUCCACUGAUGAGACUGAUGAAUCCACCUCCUCAACCCUGAUCUUGGAGAGAUCCCCACAAUCUAGAUGCAUCACCCCAGAGGUUGAACAGUUAGGUGAAACUACUGAGAGCCUACAGAACCAGACCAGACAUUAUAAAACUCUACAGGAGAUGUACAAAACCAAGGCCAGACCCAACCAGAAGGAUGUUUCCCAGCUCCUGGACCUUGAAUUCCAAGCAAGACGGGCCUUCAUCGACUCUGAUGCUACUAAGGAGCAGGACAGGCCUACCAAGAUACUUCAAGCGUAUCCCUGCUUCAGAGAACUGGAUCAUGUUAUGGAUGAACUCCGGCGGAUCCUCGAUCAAGGGAACUCCCGCUUCAUACCUGAACUGAAGACCCGCUGGGGGACCUUUUACAACAAGGCACAGUUUUAUGGAGUGUUCAAAAAGGUCAUGAAGCCACCGUUGCUGGACAAAGUGAAGCACUCAAUCGCCAUGAUGAAGGAUUUACCAGAUAUGUUCCCAUCACCUGUGGCUCCACCAAAGAAGUUAGGACAUGCAAGUGAGGCUAUGCUUCACAUCCUUGAGUCUGCAGAAGAGCCCAAUACCUUUCUUCAGGCGAGACCACUCUUCAGCCCUGUCGUGCAUGUCUGCGAAACCAACUGCGUACUGGCCAUUGGAACCAUGCCUGUGGUGACCUUCCCAAAAGAGGACAUCUAUGCCAGCGUGACGUAUCUCAUGGCGUGUUAUUACGCCUUUCACCUCACAUAUCCCAAGUGCAUUGCGACACUCCUCUCUGUGCUGCAGACAGAAGUCCUCUCGGACGCCAUCCAUGACCGGGACAUGACUUCUUCAUAGAAAAAGGCUAUGAUCGAGUGGAAAAAGUUAAUUACUGACUAGGGUUGCACRAUACAAUUUUUUUAUUUCCAGUCCCGAUAACAGAACUGUGUGUAUUGGCUCAUCCGAGAACCGAUCCGAUAACCUUUAAUAAAUAGGCAGGGCGUUUGUUGUUUAUUAUAAGAAGGUUUAAAGCACUGUUAUGUUUGUUAUCUUCCCAUUGGUCUUACAUUUUCACCUUGACCACCAAUGGCCUUUGUUGUUGUUUUUGCAUCCUUUGUUCUGCCCAUAUCAGCCUCUGGAUAUACUGAGUCCUCAAUAAAGAAGUGAAAAGAAAUUAGAGCAAGCCAAUCUCAUUUCUAGAAGUAGUACAAGUACAUUUGUCUUGGUCAGGAUUACUUAUUUUAAGCACAAUAUGCAAUUUUUCUGUAAAUUCCUGGGCAUAUUGCCUUAUUUCAAGACGAUUGCAAUAGCAUUGGAUUCUAAAUUUAAGCACAUUUUCCUACAUAUUGAGAAAAUAAUUCUUAAAUCUUUUCUUUGUAUCCAGACAAAUGUACUUGUUUUUAGUGUAGCUGUACUUGUUUUAAGAUAUAUUUACUAAACAUGUCACGUUCCUGACCUGUUUUCCUUUUUCUUGUAUUUAUUUAGUUGGUCAGGGCAUGAGUUGGGUGGGUUUGUCUAUGUGGUAUUUUCUGUGUUGGGAGGUUUGUGUCCGGCCAUGAUUCUCAAUCAGAGACAGCUGUCAAUCGUUGUUCCUGAUUGAGAAUCAUACUUAGGC